ACACUCCCAAGAACAACAGCCGUACACUUAUCCAGGACUGGACAACAUCGUCAAUUGACUCAAAGCAUAUCUUGACCGUUCAGAACAUCAUAUAUAUCUGCCCAGCAUGUCGAUCAUGGACUACAACGGCGGCUCUUGCGUCGCAAUGACCGGAAAGGACUGCAUUGCAAUUGCAUGCGAUCUCCGUCUCGGUAGCAACCAGGCACUGACAGUUGCCAACAACUUCGAGAAGGUGUUCCCAAUGGGAGAGAAGACCUUCGUAGGUCUGACAGGAUUGGCCACGGAUGUCCUGACACUACACGAAACCCUACGCUUCAAGACAAACAUGUACCGCCUCCGCGAAGAACGCGCAAUCGAACCCCCAAUCCUCGCAAACCUCAUCUCCUCAACCCUCUACGAAAAGCGUUUCGGCCCGUACUUCACCAACCCCGUCGUCGCCGGCCUCGACUCGAAAACCAACAAACCCUUCAUCUGCGGUUUCGACUCAAUCGGGUGUAUCGAUUUCGCCAAAGAUUUCAUCGUGUCGGGAACGGCUAGUGAUCAGCUUUUUGGAAUGUGUGAGAGCUUGUGGGAAGAGGGGUUGGAGGCGGAGGAUUUGUUUGAGACGAUCAGUCAGGCGUUUUUGAAUGCGGUUGAUAGGGAUGCUAUGUCUGGGUGGGGUGUAGUUGUGUGGGUUUUGACCAAGGAAGGGGUUGUGAAGAGGUUGUUGAAGGGAAGGCAGGAUUAG